AUGGCACAAAAACUAAAGCUUUAUGAAGCGCAAAAAAAGCUUGGAGAAGAAAUAAUAACUGCAGUAGAAAAAAUUAAAGAAAAGGGACUACGUAAGACAGCCGAUAAAAUAGAAAAAGUGGAAAAGAACUGGAAAAAAUUUCAGGUAAACCACGAAGAACUACUAAAAGAAGGCGCAGAAACAGAUGAGUACUUUAAAGAAUGUUGGUUCGAUACAAUCCAAAAAUAUUAUAAAAAGAUGUUAGAAACCGAUAAUACCACUGAAACAACGGAAAAAGUCAACAAAGAAGAAAGUGAAGCGGUUAAAAUAUCAGAAGACAAUGAUAUAACUAUAGUUGACACUAAAAAAGAGGUUAAAAAAAUCAGUAAAUUAGAAACCAGGUUAAUGAGGCUGAUUGACGACUUGCAAGAAGAUUUAGAUGCAAUGUUAGAAAUUCAUUACAACAACGAACUUCAAAUCAAUACCCAACUAAACAUUGUACUUUAUCAAUUAAAUGAAAGUAAAAAAAAAGCAGAACUAGUGGUAAAAAAUGAAUUGGAGCCGGUAAAGCUAGAACCAUUCAAGAUGCCGACGUUCUACGGAGAUGUAAAAGAGUGGAACACAUUUUCUAAUUUGUUUCAUGAAGCUAUACAUAUAAGAGAUAUACCAGAUUCCGAAAAAAUGUAUAGAUUAAAGGCAGUAGUAAAAGGUGAAGCUGGCAGAUUAAUCCAGCAUAUGAAUGUAUCUGAGGCUAAUUAUAAAACAGCCUGGGAAAUGCUACAAAAAAGAUACAAUAACAGAAGGUGGUUAUUUAGAACACAGGUAGAUCAAUUACUCGACCAACCAUCUACAACAGUAGGGGAUGCUAAAAGUAUAAGGCAGCUAACAGACACAACAAACGAAUGCAUUAAUACAAUAAAAGGAAUGGGUAUCGACCUUAAUAAUGCAGAACCUUUAAUAGCACGAAUAAUAUUAAGAAAGCUGGACAAAGAAAGCUUAAGGAUGUACGAGUUAGGUGCCAAAAAUACAACUGAAAUACAAAGCUUAGAUGAGGUACAAAAAUUUUUAGAACAUCAAUUUCAAGCUCUAGAUGCUAUGAAAAAUAAAGAAACAGACGAUAGAAAGAUAAAUUAUCCGAAGAAAAUAUGUGCGUACUGUAAUAAGGCGGGACAUACAACAAACGAAUGCAGAAAAUUUUCAGCAAUGUCAAAUAUUGAAAGACGAUUACCAGUAAAUCAGCAAAUAAAUACAUCUAUAAACUUUAGCUGUGCAUUUUGUAGAAAACAGGGGCACAAAAUAUACAGCUGCUCAUCAUUUAGUUCAUUGCCUAUCAGCAAUAAAAGAGCAUUUCUAAACGCUAACGACACGUGUAAAAUUUGCCUGAGCCAUAAAAAUCAAGACAAAUGCAUAUCAAAGUACACAUGUAAGAUAUGUAAUAGUAGAGAUCAUCAUACCUUGCUACAUAAUGAGCAUCAACAAGAAAAAAAGGAUAAAUCAACAAAAACUAAGGUGAUCGCAGUAACAAAAAAAGAUGAAAGCGAAGUAGUAUUACUACCAACAGCAAUAGUUAAAGGGAAAACAAUUAGAGGAGAAUAUAAAGAACUACAUGCGCUUAUAGACCAAGGAUCCCAAGCAUCAAUGAUAUCAGAAGAAGCUGUUCAUAUCUUAGGUUUACAAAAAGUAAAAACCGAUAUUAAAUUAACUGGGCUUGCUGAAACUUCAGUAGGGCAAGCAAAUUCAAAGGUCAUAAUGGAAAUAAAAUCUAAAAUUAAUAAUAUAAAUAUGAAAGAAGAGUUUAUAGUCAUGAACAAGCUAAUUUGA